UUGAGAUGACUCUCAGUGGUCUAAAGGGAGUAAAGUGCACACUUUUAUAUCAUUGAAACAAUUUUAAAGGAAUGCAAAACAACAUUAACUUAUAGUGCAGCACAAGGAACAUAUGUGUUGGGACUCUUACUUUACACAAAUUAAAACAAACUGUCUGAAAAAUGUUGGAUCUUUUUAGGGCUUCCCUCUUGGUAAUAUUCCUCGUAUCGGUAGAAGCCCGAACUCGUCGUAGCAUAGAUUUAAUCGCAGCUCACAGUUUAAUUUCCGACACUCGUCUUCCUCGAGAAGUAACCCCAAACUUCUACGACUUAGAACUGGAACCUCGACCAAAUGAAGGCACUUUUGAGGGCAGAGUUCGAAUCAACGUCACAUGGCAAGAACCAACUGACAAAAUUACACUACAUGCACACGAAGAUUUGGACGUUUUUAAAAUCAUCGUCACACAAUUUGCUCCAGAUGACGAAACCGAGAAAGCAUCCUCGACUCCUCUACCACCAACUGAAAUGCGAGUAAUGAGAAUCGAAAGAGUGCCAAAAAAGCCACUUUACAUCAUCCAUUUGGAGAAGACUGCAAAUAGAGGGACGCAAUGCAUUGUCGAUCUCACUUUCAGAGGAAAUAUCAGUAAUGACACAAGUGAAGGAAUUUUCAGGAGUAGUUAUGUGGAUCCUGAAACGAAAACCCGAAAAUGGUUCGUGGCGACACAUUUAAGACCGAAUUUGGCACGAAAAGUCUUCCCAUGUUUCGACGAACCGGCUUAUAAAGUCCCUUUUGUCAUCACAGUGGCGAGGCAUAAAACAAUGGCAGCUCUCUCGAACAUGCCUUUGAAAAAUACUGAACAAAUGAAAGAGAAAGGGGAUUGGGUUUGGGAUCAUUUCGAACAAACACCCCCCAUGUCCACAUUUUCGGUCGGUAUUGUCGUGUCCGAAUUUAGCAACACGGAUUUUAACACCACUGAUGAGGACAACAACUGGAAUUACGAAAUUAGGGUUUGGGCCCGUCCUGAUUUUAUCACAGCUUUGACCAAUGUCACUGAUAAGGUCCGAAAAGCGGUUAAAAUUCUUGAAGAAUUUUGGGGGUGUCCUUAUCCCCUCCCAAAACUCGAUAUUUUGGCACUCCCCAAUUAUCAAGCCACGAGGCCUGCCGAUAACUGGGGUUUACUUCUUUUCAAGGAAAGUGAGUUGAGUGGUCGGGGGUCUUGGCACAUUUCGCAAGAAUUGGCUUAUCAGUGGUUGGGGGCACUUGCGACGCCUUUUUGGUGGAGUGAUGCUCAUAUUAAUAAUGCCUUAGUGAGAUAUGUGACAGCGUAUGCAACACUCAAAAUGGAAACGACCGAAUCCUUCAACAACUGGCCCAUGACAAUGCUAUACUCAAUUUACUACGAAUUCAGUAAACGCUAUCCCCACGGCAAAAGCACCGCAAUCAAACAAGACUCAACCUCAGCCAAAACCGAACUAGUUUUCCGCAUGUUGAACUACACCCUCGGCGAACGCACCUUCAAACACGGCCUCCAAAAAUUCAUGGCCGAUCGCCAAUACAAAACGUUUUUCGGUGACGACAUUUGGAACGCAUUGACCGAACAAGCGAAAUUCGACAACAAAUUAAACGGAACCACAGUGAACGCAAUCGCCGCCUCCUGGAUCACCAAAGACCGCCUUCCUGUCAUCAACGUGACGCGAAACUAUGGCCAAAACUCGGCCAAGAUCACCCAAAGGGUCUACCUGCGAGAGCGCCCCCAUGACGUCCCCGACAAGGAGAAGUUCCUUUGGUGGAUCCCCCUGAUUCUCGUCCGAGAAGACAAGCUUGAUUUUUCCAACACCAAACCGGUGGUUUGGAUGAGGAAAGAGAGGGAAAUCAUACUGGAAAAUUUACCGGAGGAAAAGCAGUUCAUUAUUGUCAAUCCGGAGGAAAUUGGGCCGUUUCCGGUCAACUACGAUGUCAGGAAUUGGAAUAUGUUGGCACAGUUUUUGUGUGGGGAAAAUCGGGUCAAAAUUCCGGUGAAUACCCGAGCUAAAUUAUUACAUGAUGCCUGGAAUUUGGCUUAUGCUGGGGAUUUGAGCUUUGCUACGGCCCUAAAUAUGACGCUUUUUCUCAAAAAUGAGAGGGAAUAUCUAGCUUGGGACCCUGUUUUUACGCUAAUUGAUCACAUUGGACGGCAUAUUGACAGUUCAGCCGUUCAUAAAAAAUUCCAAACUUAUGUGAGAUUACUACUAACUCCCUUGUAUGAAGAAUUGGGCGAGGAGCCUCAAGAGGGUGAAAGUGAGGGUAAAGCCCAUUUGAGGAGUUCCUCCAAGGUGUUUUUGUGCCAAGCUGGGUAUAAACCAUGCAUUGAGGAGGCCCAAACGGCGUUUAGGAAAUGGAUGGAGAGUGAAAACCCCGACGAGGGAAAUCCGGUUUCGAAUCAGUAUAUUUGUCCCGUGUUCAAAUGGGGCACUAAUGAAGAGUGGGAGUUUGGUUUGCAACGUGUGAUUAAAUUCCCCGCCAACAGGAAGCAAAACGAACGAACUUAUUUACUCAAAACUUUAGCAGGAUGUCCCAAUGAAGCUGAGAAAAUUGAAAGAUUGCUCAAUAUCACGAUUUUGGAGCAAAAUGGGAAUUUCACUGAUAAUGAUAUUUAUCUCAUUUUUAGUAUGUUGACUGGGAGUGCUAAUGGGUAUACCACACUUUUCAAUUUCUUGAAGAAAAAUUGGGAUACGAUCAAAGAAAGAUUCGAGGGCAAACUCCACUUAUGGAACAGUUUGAUAACAUCAGCAACGACAGUUUUUAAAACACAGGAAGGUUUAGAUAUGGUUUCAGAACUUUACGUCGAACGCCAAACCGAAUUCGGAACUGCGGACUUUGUCAUCGAAAAAGCUUUAAAAAAUAUCAAAGAAGAAACGAAAUGGAGCAACGAUAACCUCCCUGUUAUCGAAAAAUGGCUAGACGAGUAUUUAGCCAACAACUCGAAAUAAACAUUAUUUUAUCAAUAAAACAUAUUUAUUGUAUAAAGCUGUAAAAUACAAUAUUUAUCAUUAUA